AUGUAUCCUGAGCACAAAGGGCAAGCAGUAUACAUUCUCUCAGUAGUCUCAGCCUGCACCACGUUUCUAGUCCUCCUCCUACGCUUCUGGUCGCGCUCCCUCCACGCCAGCGGAUUCCGGAGCGACGACUGGACGGCAGCAGCAGCAUGGCCAUUCGUCCUAGCAAUCUCCGUCCAAACAGGCCUCCUCCUCCACCACGGUUUCGGCCUGCACAUAACCUCCGUGCCUCCGGCCAAUAUGACCUUCAGCUUGCAAGUCCUGUAUGCCGGAUACUUAACCUACACUGCCGCCAUGGCAUUGAUCCGCAUCAGUGUCGGACUCUUCUACCACCGCCUCUUUAGCGUCGCAUGCCCGAAUUUCAGGUACCAAGUCCAUGCCAACACGUUACUCAAUGUCAUCUGGCUUGUGGGCCUCAAUCUAGCGGCCGCAUUCGAAUGUACACCCGUCUCAGCUUUUUGGGAUAAGGGAAUAGAAGGAGCGAAGUGCAUGCCAACACUCAACAUUCAACUGGGAUCCGUGGUGCCCAGUGUAGUGCUGGAUUUAAUCGCGUUAAUUAUGCCGCUGCCGAUAAUCUGGAAACUACAAUUGAGUAUGCAGAGAAAAGUAAUGCUGCUAGGCACUUUUGUGCUAGGGUAUAGUGUCAUUUUUCUGAGCGUGGGGAGGCUGAUUACCGUUGCGAAGAUUGAGCGGGGGUUGGAGAGUGAUUUGACGUGGUACUUUGUUGAUGUCCUCAUCUGGCUUCAUGUUGAGAUGAGCGUUGCGUCGAUUUGUAUAAGCCUGCCGAGUUGCUUCUCGAUGGUUAGACGGGCGAGAGAGGGCGGUGUUGGUGCGUUGAUCUCGUCAAGGCCGCUACCACAGAAGUACCAGAAGCAGGAUGCAGAUUUGGCUGGAGGAAUGGCGCCAGCAGCUGAUCGCGAUGCAGUAUAG